AAAGUGUGAGAAGAGAAGAUAUCUUGGAAUUUUUGUAUAUUGAAUGAACAAUUGAAAUAUAUCGAAGACGCCGUAUAAUUACUUGAGAGUAUGAUAUAAAUAACUUCCACUUAAUUGGUCAAAAUAAUUUUACAACAUGUCUUUGGAACAAACUGCUUGUGAUGAUUUGAAGGCAUUUGAGCGUCGACUGACUGAGGUUAUUGGUUGUUUGCAGCCAGCAACCAUGAGAUGGAGAAUAUUACUAGCAGUAGUGUCUGUCUGCACUGCAAUGGCUGCCUGGCAUUGGCUCACUGAUCCACUGACUCCUGUUGUUUCAUUAACACAAUCACUGUGGAAUCAUCCUUUCUUUGCCUUCACAUCUACUUUAUUAGUGUUACUGUUUAUGAUGGGUGUGCACAGAAAAGUAAUCGCUCCGAGUAUUAUCACAGCUAGGACCCGGUCGGUCCUUAAUGAUUUUAAUAUGUCAUGUGAUGAAACUGGAAAACUCAUUUUAAAACCUAGACCAGCUAAUAAUUGAAUAAUUUAGUCAACAAUUUCUUUAACUGAGUACUUUGUAAAUAUAUUUUUGCUUAAGAAUAAAAGACUUUGUUUGUUUGUGUUAGGACUUUAGAAUAAAACAUCAAGAGUUAUAAGUCUAUUAAAGUUUAUUUAUCAUAACUUUGGUGUAUUUAUUAUAUACAAUAAAUAAGAGAUGUAAAUAAAAGCAGGAAUAUUAUACAAACCAUUUUGAAUAUUCAACAAAAACAUAUUAGAGAUGGAACAACAUUUACAUAACUCUAUAUUAUUUUUUAGUUUUCACUAGAUAAUUUGCUAAAUAUUUAGCUACACUAAUAAACAAAUUAACUGUUACAAGGUGAAAAUAAUGAAUUUUACGCCUUUUAAAAAUUCACAAUUUUUGUUACUUAAAACUAAGCGUAUUAUUUUAAGCAACUGAUUUUAGUUUAUUUGUGUGCAUAGUUUAGACUCUACAUGGAGUUUAUUUAAUUUGAAAUCAAAUGCAAUAUUUUUAGUUACAUCAGUGAAAAAAUAGUAUAUUUUAGAAAAUCAUAAAAGGCUGUUGUGGCGCCUACAAUUAGGGCCAGUUUCACCGGUUACUGAUAAAGUUUCAGAUAGUUAUCUGAUAGUUAACGCUAUCUACCGGAUAAAGGUUGCUGUUAACUUUUUUCUGUUUCACCAUCA